GUGCCUGAAACGUGUUCAGUGCUCCAAGUGAAAUAAAAACCACGAGGAUGACGAAGAAACACACGUCAAUGGGGCCCAUGAAGACCGCCAGGAUUGCCUGGUCGUUGGAGGAAUUAACAGCACUCGUUAAUGACGAAAAAUCACAUGUGCAUCUCGUACAGACGAAGAGACACAUCGCUCUGCAUCCCUGUCAACUGGGCAACUUGAAACAGUCACUGCAGGACAUUCUUGGGGACGAGCUCAAUUAUUACGACGAUAAGUUGAAUGGGCUUUUUCUGUCUUACAAAAACCCAAGAUUACUGUCAGAAAAUGCAGCUAUGCUCUACGAUUCUUUCUCUUGUCAUGUUGACAUAGAGGCAGAUUUUUACGUGUUUAGACCAAAGGUUGGAUAUGUUCUUAAAGGUGUCAUAAUAAAAAAACCUGCAAAUCAUCUUGGUGUCUUGGUACACAAGGCUUUCAAUGUCUCGAUACCGAGGAGGGACGACGAGGGGGAAGAUUGGCAGGGUGAUCACCUGAAUGUUGGGGACGAGGUCACAUUCACCGUUGAAUUGAUGGACCUGAAACCUGGGAGAGGAAAACUCCCCUUCAUCAGAGGGAAAUUAGUGGCUAGUGAUCCUGCUGAUGAGACUGCACCGAAAAAAUCGAGGAAACACAACAGAUUUACCAAUGACGACGUGAAUUCCGAGGGUUCGAACAGCGAUGAAGAUGGGAAUGGGGAAAUAUCGAAGAUUGACGCGAAGAAACCGAAGUUUUCUUCAACAGUGAAUGAAGACAACAGCUCGGAGUCUGACGGAGAAACAGAGGAGUCGCCAAUAUCCCAGAGGGUUCAGGUGGAUUCUGAUGAGGCUGAUGAGACAAUUACUGACGAUAGGAUAGGAAAAAUUCAAGGGUCUAGCUCCUCAUCUGAUUCGGAUAAUAAAACAGCAGUUUUUGAUAAAUCUAGGAAGAAAGAAUUGUCGAAGAAGAGUGGGGAAACUCGACGAGGUUCUGGGGGUUCAGGGGAUGAUUCGAUUGCUGCUGACAAGCCUAAAACGGCUGGAAGAGGCAAUAGGGAGAGCUCCAGUAGAGGAAAAAUUCAGGUGGACAGUUCUGAUGAUUCAGAUGAUGAUGUGCCAUUUUCUAAUAAAUCUAUAAAAACUGCGAGGAAAACGUCGGAGGGCAGCAAAAGAAUUCGACUUCAAAAGAAGUCUGAUGAUGAGGCACCCAAAUUGGAUAAAUCAGUUGAGAAAUCGUUAUCACCUGAGAAAACUUCUAAGAAAUCAGCAAAAAGAGUGCAGGAUUCUGAUGAUUCAGAGAAUGAUGUCCCGAUUUUUAAUAAAAAUUCUAAAAAUGUUGAGGAUUCCAAUUCUGUGAAGGUUAAAGCAGCAGUGAAAGAUAGAAUGAAAAAUUCGAAUAGAAGAACUGCUAGUUCUGAUGAUUCAGAUGAAGAAGUGCUAUUUUCUAAUAAAUCUGUUAAGAAAGAAACUUCCAGAAGAAUUCAAAAGGACUCUGAUAGUUCUCAUGUGUCAUCCAAUUUUGAUAAAUCAAUUAAAAAAUCAUUAUCACCAGAGAAAAUUUCUAAGAAAUCAGUGAAAAAAGCUCAGAGUUCUGAUGAUUCAGGUGACGAUGCUUCCAUUUUCAAUGGAAAUCGUAAAAAUAUUCAGAAAGAUUCGAAUUCUGAGAAGCUUAAAGUAACUGUGAAUGACAGGGGGAAAAAUUCUAACGGGAGAACUGCUAGUUCUGACGAUUCAGAUAAUGAAGUGCCAUUUUCCAAUAAAUUAAUCAAAAAAUCAUCAUCCCCUGAGAAGGCUCCGAAGAAAUUAGUGCAGCAGGAUUCGGAUGGAUCUGACGAUGAUGUUCCGUUUUCCAAAUCUAAAAAUAUUAGCAAAAUGGAAAAAGAUAAGAAAUUGAAGUCCCAAAAAUUACUGGAAAAUGAGAAUAAUUGUGGGAACGGGACUACUUUCGAUGAUUCGGAUGAUGAAGUGCCAGUGGCCAAUAAAUCAAUCCACAAAUCUCCCCCCAAAAAAUCGGAAAAGUCUUCCAGAAAGUAUUCCCAAGGCUCAGAAGACUCCAACGAUGAUCUUCCAAUUUUCAACAAAUCUAUAAAACAAGAAUCCCCAAGAAAAUCCAAGAGAAAACGUUCUGAAUCUGAAAAUAGUGUUAGCAUCGACGAGUCUUCCAGGAAAAUUAAAAAGCAAUCUAAGAAAUUGAAAGAAUCACAGCCUGAAAAUUCUGAAAAUACCAGCAGAGUGAAUGGAAAAGUGAGAAGUAGUGAGGAUAAUGAGCGCUCGGAGAGCACCUCAAACCCCACCAAUCCAAAAACAAAAGUUAAUCCCCAAAAACAUUCGCAAAAGAGAAAUGCAAAACCUGCGCACGAUAUAUCGAGCAGUGAGGACAGUAAAACAGAGAAUAGAAACAAGUCCAUAAAAAAGGAGAAAGAACUCAAAGUAAAUAACGACAGUUUCAGUGACACCGGGAGGGUAUUCCCCCAUAAUUCAAAUAAUGAAUCAAAUGCCACGCCACAUAACCCCAGUAAAAAGAAGAGUAAUUCAACAAAUGAAGAUGUCGACAGUGACGACGAUUUUGCCUCGUUCAUGCUCGUUCGAAAAAUCGAACAAGAGGUAGAUCUGGAAGCAGAAAAUCCUCAGUCUACCACAUCAAACCCCACGAGCCCCAAUCACCUGAGAAAAAAAUCUAAGAAGGCGUCGGAAAACGCCGAAGUCCAAGAUGAUUCGGUGCAAAUGUUGCUGCAUGCAGAGCACAUAAAAUCAGAGGGAGAGAAAUCUAGAAGAGCUAAAAUAGAAAACAAGGAAGGCAGUGACGUAGACAUUCUCAAGAAAGUUAAGAAGGAGAAGAGGAAAACGAAGAAACCUGAAAAACCUGAGGAAGAGCUCAAUCCAGGAGCUUACGUGAAGAUCAAGAAGGAGAAGGAGAAAUCUAUUGCUGUGAAUGUUUCGUCUAAAAAAAUUGCCAACCUACAGGUGGAAGACGACAGUGAUCCUGAAUUCGAUGAUACAACACCUCAACUUCGUAAAGAAGUCGGAAGCUCUGAGCAAUUUGGAAUCGUGAAGAAGGAGAAGAAAGGAAAACGGUCGAAGGAUUCAAAGAGUGAAGAAGCGAGAGAAGAGAGGAGUGAAGAUACACUUGGUAUGUCCCCUUCAAAACCCGAGAAGAUGAAGAAACGAUCCUCGAAGUCGACUCUAUCACCUGAAGAUACUGGUGAACUGAGCGACGCAUGUUCCACGAAAUCGCGAAUACUAGUUAAAAGAGAAGAAUCGGUGUUCUUCACAAACAUAAAGAUUAAGCAAGAGCCUUACGCCUCGGACGUGGAAAGCAUCUCCUCGAGGAAACGUAAGCGAAGUGACAGCCUCAAAUCGAGUGAACAUAAUGAUACGUUUGUAGACAUCAGGAUAAAGCGUGAGUCGAGUGUCGGGAAGAGCGAGCCUAGUGAACAGGUGAAGAGAAGUAAAAAGGAGAAUUAUUUCAGCAUCAAGACUGAAGUGAAUGCCUCGGACGAUGACGACACGCCUGCGAAGAAAAAAUCCAAGAAGAAAUUCAGUGAAUGAUGAAAGGAAUAAAUAAAUGAAACAGAAUGA